UGAAGGCUGCCAGGGUGCCGGUGAGCGCCCCCCCCCCCCCCCCCCCAUCUGCUCGGUGUGCGGCUGAGCUUCGAUGGAGGACCACAUGAUGGGGCACAACAAGAAGCUUUAUGAGUGCGAUGUGUGUGGCAAGGCCUGGCAGAGCCCGAGCCUGCUGGACAUCCACCAGCGGGUGCACACAGGAGAACGCCCCUUCGACUGCUCGGAGUGCGGCAAGAGCUUCUCCCGCUAUGAAAACCUGCAGCGGCACAAGAGCGUGCACUCCGGCGAGAGGCCCUUCACCUGCUCCGACUGCGGCAAGAGCUUCAAGAUGGCGAAUAACCUGAAGAGACACCGACAAGUGCACACGGGCGAGAAGCCCUAUGGCUGCUCCGCCUGUGGCAAGAGCUUUACCCGGUUGUAUGGGCUGCAGGAGCACCGGCGGGUGCACAGCAGUGAGCGGCUCUUCACCUGCUCUGACUGCGGAAAAGGCUUCAAGUCGUCGCCAGACCUGAAGGUGCACACGCGCCUGCACACUGGGGAGCGGCCCUAUACCUGCAGCGAAUGCGGCAAGGGCUUCACCCGCUUCAGAAACCUGCUGUGCCACCAGCGCACCCACACCGGCGAGCGUCCCUAUACCUGCACCCAGUGCGGUAAGGGCUUCACCCGCUUCAGAAACCUGCUGGGGCAUCAACGCACCCACACUGGCGAGCGUCCCUACACCUGCACCCAGUGCGGUAAGGGCUUCACUAAGUCCAGUCACCUGCUGACCCACCAGCGCAUCCACACCGACGAGCGCCCCCACACCUGCGCCCAGUGCGGCAAGGGCUUCACCCGCUUCACUGGCCUGCUGUCCCACCAGCACACCCACACCGGCGAGCGUCCCUACACCUGCGAGCAGUGCGGCAAGGGCUUCGCUCAGUCCAGCAGCCUGCUGGAGCACCAGCGCACCCACACCCGCGAGCGCCCCUUUACCUGCGUCCAGUGUGGCAAGGGCUUCACUCGCUCCUCCAAGCUGCUGUCCCACCAGUGGCGGUUACACACCGGAGAGAGACCCUUUGUGUGCGCUGAAUGUGGCAAGGGUUUCACCCGGCUUGACCACCUGCUUGAGCACCGGCGAGUGCACACGGGCGAGAAGCCCUAUGGCUGCUCCACAUGCGACAUGAGCUUUGUCCAGUUGUCGGGGCUAAGGCAGCACCUGCUGGUGCACAGCAGUGAGCGGCCCUUCACCUGCUCCGACUGCGGCAAAGGCUUCAAGUCGUCCAAUCACCUGAAGAGGCACAGGCGCCUGCACGCCAGCGAGCGCCCCUACACCUGCAGCGACUGCGGCAAAGGCUUCACCCAGUCCAAAGAACUGCUGUCCCACCGGCGCCUCCACACCGGCGAGCGCCCCUACUGCUGCGACCAAUGCGGCAAGCGCUUCACCCACUCCAGCACACUGCUAGAGCACCAGCGCACCCACACUGGGGAGCACCCCUACCGCUGCACCGAGUGCGGCAAGAUCUUCAUCCAGUCCAGCCACCUGUUGGACCACCAGCGCUCCCACACCGGUGAGCGGCCCUACACCUGCACCCAGUGCAACAAGCGCUCCCAGUCCAGUCACCUGCUGGAGCACCAGCGCACCCACACCGCGGAGCGGCCCUACACCUGCGACCAAUGCGGCAAGAACUUCGUCUGCUCCAGUACCUUGCUGUCUCACCAGCGCACCCACACCGGGGAGCGCCCCUACAUCUGCACCCAGUGCGGCAAGGGUUUCAUCCGUUCUAGUCACCUGCUGGAGCACCAGCGCACCCACACCGGGGAGCGGCCCUACAUCUGCGCCCAGUGCGGCAAGAACUUCACCCAGUCCAGUCACCUGCUGAAGCACCAGCGCACCCACACUGGGGAGCGGCCCUACACCUGCACCCAAUGCGGCAAGGGCUUCAACUGCUCCAACAACCUGCUAGGGCACCAGCGCACCCACACCGGGGAGCGCCCCUACAUCUGCACCCGGUGCGGCAAGAACUUCACCCAGUCCAGUCACCUACUGAAGCACCAGCGCACCCACACCGCGGAGCGGCCCUACACCUGCACCCAAUGCGGCAAGAACUUCGUCUGCUCCAGCAGCUUGCUGUCUCACCAACGCACCCACACCGGGGAGCGCCCCUACGCCUGUGCCCAGUGCGGCAAGAACUUCACCCAGUCCAGUCACCUGCUGAAGCACCAGCGCACCCACACCGGGGAGCGGCCCUACACCUGCACCCAGUGCGGCAAGCGCUUCACCCGGUCCAGCAACCUGCUGGUGCACCAGCGCAUCCACACCGGCGAGCGCCCAUUCACCUGCACCCAGUGCGGCAAGGGCUUCAACCAGUCAAGCACCCUGCUGGUGCACCAGCGCACCCACACUGGCGAGCGCCCCUACACCUGCGUCCAGUGCGGCAAGGGCUUCAGCAGCUCCUCCAAGCUACUGUCCCACCAGCGGGUGCAUUCCUGUGACCGUCCCGUCCCCAGCCCGGUGUGUGGAGAGCGCUUUGCCAUGGCCUCCCACGCCCUGUCUCACCAGCACGUGCACACCAAUGGCCAGCCCUACGACUGCCCGUACUGUGGUGAGUCGUUUGACAGCUUGCGGGGGUUGCGGCAACACCGGCGGACCCACGCCGGCGAG